AUGACCAUAGACAUCGGACUCAGGCGCACAUAUCGAUGGCUCUUCGUUGUGGCCGACGUCAGAAUGGUCAUCCUGGGAGCGGACUUUCUGAGCCACUUCAAUCUUGACGUUAGCGUUCGCGAUCGUCGUCUCAAGGACAACGUCGCUUCGCUCGCUGUUGUCGGACUGAAGUCUGACCUGUCCUCAUGCGGCAUUUGCACUUUCCACCCAGAGUCAAACUUUCAAAAGAUUCUGGCUGAAUUCCCUGAAAUCACCAAACCUCGGAACACCGAACUGCCAAUCAAGCACAAGGUGACGCAUCACAUUGUCACCACCGGACCGCCCGUCACCGCUAGACCUAGUAGGCUUGCUGGACAAAGACACGAAGUCUCCCGUCGUGAGUUCGACCACAUGCUCCAGUUCGGCAUUAUUCGACCUUCUUCCAGCAACUGGUCUUCUGCGCUGCACAUGGUGCCAAAACAAGAGCCUGGUGACUGGCGGCCUUGCGGUGAUUAUCGGGCACUCACUGCUGCGACAACGGCAGACCAAUAUCAUCUCCCUCGCAUCCAUGAUUUCAGCGCUCGCCUCGCGGGAACGACCAUCUUCACUAAGCUGGAUCUGAUGGCCGCUUAUCACCAGAUUCCAGUAGAAACAAGCGACAUCCCAAAGACGGCCGUGACAACACCUUUCGGCCUCUUUGAAUUUGUUCGUAUGCCGUACGGACUGAAGAACGCGGCACAAACGUUCCAGCGUUUCAUGAAUGAGAUCACUCGCGGACUGCUCUUUGUCUUCGUCUACUUAGACGACAUUUUCGUCGCCAGAAAAACGCCGGAAGAGCACCAAAAUCACCUGCAGCUCCUCUUCAAGCGUAUUGACGAGCACGGUCUGAUUUUGAAGCCCCAAAAGUGCAUAUUUGGUGUUGAAGCACUAGAUUUCCUAGGUCAUCGAAUCACCCCGCAAGGCAUCUUGCAGCUCAAAGCACGGGUACAAGCAGUUAGGGAAUUUCCCACGCCUACCUCUUCCCGCAAGUUGCGCGAGUUUCUCGGUCUGAUCAACUUUCAUAGGCGCUUCAUCCCAUACUGUGCACACAUUCUACAGCCGUUAACUGACUUUCUGCGCCGGGACACCAAGAAAACACCCGAGUUUCACUGGUCAGAGGAGCACGAAAAAGCCUUCCAGGACGCCAAAACUCAGCUUGCCUCCGCAACACUUCUGAUGCACCCGCUUUCCGACUCGCCAACGCGGCUCAUGGUUGACGCUUCAACGACGGCAGUGGGAGCGCUGUUGCAACAAUACGACGGCAAGGACUGGAAACCGAUAGCGUCCGUCGACUUUGAGGCAUUAGCCGCCGCCCAGCGAGAAGACCCAGAGCUAACCGUGAUGCGGCAGAAUCCACUGUCACUUGUGCUCGCAGAGAUCCCGCUACCAUACACAACGACUAUGGUCACAUGCGACACAUCGCAGAAAUCUCCAAGACCCUUCGUCCCCGUCCAGUUUCGGCGUGCAGUGUUUGACAGCCUUCACGAACUCAGCCACCCAGGAAUCCGCGCGACGCAGAGGCUCGUCACGGACCGCUUUGUGUGGCCAGGCAUUAACGCCGACGUUCGACGCUGGGCGAAGACGUACCGAACAUGUCAAGCAGUCAAGGUGACUCGUCACACGCGCACAGCACUCCAAGCAUUUCGGCCACCAGAGUGUCGUUUCGACCACGUCCACUUGGACUUGGUAGGGCCUCUUCCUCCUUCCCAGGGUUACAGAUACCUGCUCACAUGUGUCGACCGCUACUCACGGUGGCCUGAGGCGACGCCGAUUCUGGACAUCGCAGCCGGGACCGUCGCACAGGCCUUUGUCGCCUCAUGGGUUUCACGCUAUGGCUGCCCACUGCGCAUAACGACCGACCGUGGACGACAAUUCCAGAGCAACCUAUUCUCUGCGCUGGCAAGGCUCCUGGGAACACGGCUCCAGUACACCACGGCUUACCACCCAGCGAGCAAUGGAAUGGUGGAGCAUCUACACCGUCAACUGAAGGCAUCUUUAACGGCCAAAUUGGAUAGAGAGCACUGGGUGGAGAAGCUCCCCCUCGUUCUUCUGGGCCUGCGUACCGCGAUAAAAGAAGACCUCGGAUUCAGUGCAGCAGAAAUGCUGUACGGCUCUACCAUCCGACUACCGGGAGAAUUCUUUGGUGAGAAACCAAGCCCUACGCCGACACCUUCAGAACAUAUGGAAAGGCUACAUUCCUGGUUGGAGCACCUGCAACCCAACUCGCCACGCGUCAGCCGCAACCAAAGAGUGUUUUCAUUCCCAGACAUGAAUGCGGUAACCCAUGUGUUCGUGCGACGGGACACAGUGAAAGCGCCGUUGACUCCUGCGUACGACGGGCCCUUCCGUGUGCUGUCGCGGUCAAACAAAACUGUGACCAUUCGUGUUCGCGACAGAGAGGACGUCGUUUCUCUCGACCGCGUGAAACCGGCUCACCUCAUGACUAACUCCUUUAAGGAUGUGCAAGAACUAUUACCAACUAACCCAGCUGUCAGUUCUCCUUCACAGGGUCCGGAGCUUCUCAUCACCUGGGAUAAACGGAAGAACCUGCUCCACGGACACGGCCAUGCAGACGAUCACCUCAGGCCAACACGCCCACGUCGUGAAAUUCUACGAACUCACAAAUUUGCAGUGCAGGGGGGUUGA